AUGUUCUCUAAAAUCCCUUUUUUACAACCACAACGACUAAUAAUAAUACAUAGUAAUGGAAUCAAAAACUUCAAACCGCCGCCUAAUUUCGAUCACAUCGAUUUUCCCGAAAAACCGAAAUUAAGAUUUCUGGAUAAAGUUCCGAUACUCCCACCGAACGUGAAACCCCCCAAAAUGCAGAAGAAGCUGAAAUUGAUGAGAGGUCCCGAGGAAGUCCACAACACUCUAUUGCACAAACAAUACGGCAUAAUAGCAUUAGGCGGAGGUCGAUUAAAAUGGGGCCAUUUUGAGAUGAUACGAUUAACGAUAGGUCGAAAAAUGGACGCGAAUAGAAUGUUCGCGAUAUGGAGAGUGGACGCUCCAUGGCAGCCCAUUACGAAAAAGGGCCAAGGGCAGCGUAUGGGCGGUGGUAAAGGCGGCAUCGAUCACUACGCUACACCAGUAAAAGCUGGUCGAGUUAUCAUAGAAUUAGGCGGCAAAUGCGAAUUCAAAGAAGUGAAAGAUUUUCUACACGACGUAGCGAUGAAGCUACCCUUCAAAGCGAUGGCAGUGUCUCAGGAAAUCCUCGACAAGCAAAAGGAACAGGAACGAUGGGAAGAGGAAAACAACCAGAAUCCCUACACCAUGAAAUACAUCAUACAAAACAAUCUAGGAGGCUGCUACCGGUGGCUGUCUCCAACCGAUAUGAAAUAUUUCUGUAAAUACGUGUAA